UACGGUUAUAUUGCAGUCACUGCUGGCUUUGAAUGAAAUGUUGAUGAAGCUGAGGAUGUUGAAAAAAUGAAUCGACGGCGACAGGAUGUUGCAACCGUUCGUAUAUCAGACGAGGAAUAUUCAAGACUUGAAAGUAAAUUUGAAGCGCUGAAGAAUGAGUUUACAGCAUGUAGGAGAAAGUUGGACAGUAAAUGUGAGGCUCUGUUGAUAUUAAGUAAGGAGUUAGAUCAAUGUCGUAGUGAACGAGACCAGUUUAAAUUGAUGGCCGAGCAGCUACGGGAAAGAUGUCAAACACUGAAAACAAGUCUCUCUGGCAAGCCAAAACAGAGUACCUCAGAUACAGGGAUCUAUAAGAAUUAUACAGAUACUCAAAGCCAGAAUCUGGCCAGAUUGUUGUACGAGUCAAAAGAGUACAGUAAAUCUCUACAGUUUGAGGUGGAUGAUUUAAAACAAAAACUACAUGAUGCUAAUGGUGACAUUAAGUUGUUACGAGAGCAGAUUGCUCGGUCUAGGGUAGGGACAACAGACGAGGGAUUGAGUACCCGACAUUUCCCGGCUCACGAGAGAGAGGAGCUGGUACAGAAAUUAGAGUCUUCCAAUGAACAGUAUUUACAACUAGAGAGAGAUCUACAGACAGUGCUAGAUGAGAAGGAAGAAUUGGUAACAGAGAGAGAUGUUUAUAAAACAAAGUAUGAGAGAUUAAAUCAGGAACUGAACUAUAUACUGAAAGGUCACGAGGAUAGAGUUGUAGAUAUUGAUGCUCUGAUAAUGGAUAAUAGAUAUCUGAAGGACAGAUUGAAACAGAUGGAGGAUGAGAAACGUAUGACAAUGGCUGCUGUGUCAAAAUACAAGCGUAUAUUAGAGAAGAAGAAAUCUAAAAGUUCAAUGAAGUUUGGUCAGAAUAGAGGAGGUGGAAUGGUGAUAACAGAGAAACAAAUACAAGAAGUGUUACAAUCACAACAGUCAGUAUUAGGUACACCACAAGCUAUAUCAGACUGGCAGGCUCUAGCAGCAUCACUCCUAGAAUCUGUUAAUGAUAAAAAACUCGCAUUGUAUCAUCAGAGAAAAACUAACAAAAUUUUAGGGAAUAGAGUAGCAGAGCUUGAAAAGAAAAUAAAAACAUUAGAAUGUGCUGGACUGUGGAGUAUUCCAGGAAAUAUUUCAAGCAGUCUGGAGAAGUUAAAGAAUGAUUGUGUUGAUAUAGAGAUGUUGACACCACGGAAACAGUCAGACACAGACUCAGAGAGAUUAUCACCAUCCGAGGGCGAGAGAGAAAGUGAACUAGAAACUGUAACACCUCUUGAUAGUAUAGAGAAUUCUCCAUUGACAAGUCCUCAGCAUAUUGCCAAAACUACUUCUAGUCAUUUAGAACUGACCAAUCUGGACACUGACCUUGACCUACUGCCUACAAAAGAAGUUCCUACCAAACCUCAACAUUCAGAACAGUCUGAUACCUUCCAAUACCCAGCAACAAAAAUGUUUGGAAUGUCACCGAGUGAUAAAUUCUCACAUGGAACAGAUCAUGAAAUUGACAAGAUUAAAGAUAUUCUACUAGCUAAUGAAGCUAAAGCUAUCAGCCAAGGUAUUGAUAGUCAAUAUGACAAGAUUAGGGCAGAUGUGGAACAUCAACAUGUAGGUGAUACUAAUGUUGAAGAUAAAUGUUUAGUUGAUUUAUCAGAUCAGGAGCUAACUGUAUCUGCUCAAAGAAGUGACUAUAGUGAAGUAAACGGUGUUCUACAAAAUACUGAAGAUGUAAUUACAGCUGUAGAUAUAUCAGGUGACAUUAGUGACAAACCACAAUGUGUUCAUGUUUAUAAUCAGGAUAAACUAGACGAUACUGUUGAUGCUGAUGAUGUUAACAAAGCUGAUGAUGUUGAUGACAAGGAUCAAGAGUUAAGGAACUCAUCAGCAACUGAUAGAGGUUCUGCUGAUAGUGAUGGUGACAUUGAUGAAGUAGAUAAUGAAGAACUUGAUGGAUUCUUAAAUGAUGAUGAUUCAGAAGCAUCUGAAAAAGUUGGACUGUUAAUAGAAAGUGUGACAAAGAAGAUGUGCAAUAUUUCCCAUCAAGAUAGUAAAGAUAGGGAAACAGAUACAUGCAGUAAUGAUAGAGAGAAAGACAGGGAGACUAGAGGUUUAGAUAGUCGAGGUCGAGGUAAAGGUAGGAAGGUGAGGAGAGAGAAGGAGAGAAGUAGAUCAGGAGACUCGGACACUGAUAUCCAUCCAUUGUUAAAUAGUCCAGGGAACACAAUAGAUGAAAGUAUAAAUAGUGUUGAUGAGCCACACGAUGUGCAAUGUUAAUUAUGUAAAAUGAUUUAAACUGAUGUUGCUGUUUAAACUUCUGCAUAUUGUUCUAACACCCACAUAGCAAUACUGUACUAAAAAUGUUCCUGCUUAUUGAUUUCUUGAUAUAUUCAUGUCAUUACUCUAUCAUACAUUAAGGGAAAAAUCUUUAUAUCCAUUUUACUAAUGUUCAACUCAUCUAGACAGCCUGCAUGUUUUAUGAUGGUACUUGUUCAUGUCAACUCAGCACUCAGUAUAAUAUAAGAAAGUUUCUAAUUUAAAUAACAUGUAAGACUAUGUAAAACUUGUUUCAGGGUAACAAGAUACUAUAUCAGCUUUCUGAAUUCCAACAUUUAUUUAUAAGAAGGUUGCAACAAUUGCUCUGAUAAUUGAUAUGAAAUUUGAAAUACAUUUAGAAUAACAUGUGAAAUGUGUUGUAGGUUUUUACACAUACUUGCUAAUUUUGUUUUAGAAUUUAAGUCUUGUAUUUUACUAUUUAUAUCAUGUAUGUUAUAUUUACAUACAUGUAUAUAAAAUUUCAAUUGGCUGUAAUGUUCAUCAAUCAUCACCACAGCAUCUGUGGCAAGGUGGUAAUGUUGUUGACUUCAAACCACUUCAGGACUCAUACUACUGUAGCCUCAAGCUGUGCCAGCCUCUCUGGAAUUUUUCAUGCGUGAAAGCUAUCUAGUUAUCCUACAGAAUGUCUGUGGUUCUACUCAGUAGAGGUACAUCAGAUAUACUCUGUUUAGGAAACAGAUAUCAAUUAUGAAUGCAUAGGUGUUUGUAGAAUAAUGCAGGGUUUGAGUUCAGAUGUGCAGGAUUAUAUUCACAAAGCUACAUUAUGCGGAGAAGUGAUUUUACUGACAUUAAUUUAUUUUUUUCGCAUCACAUAUGACAUGUAACCAUUCCAUUUUUAUGCCAUGCAUAUAUGGUGUAGCAAUGCACUUAACUGCACUAUGUUUUUAAAAGGGGAACAAUGUGAAUUGUAUCAGAAUAUUUUCAUUAUGAUAUAUAAGGUGGUGUAUUAUAUAGUAUGGAGAAGGUAUGGCUCAAUGACAGAAUGUUGUAAUAGUUGCAGCACACUCUCUAGUACUACUUUUACAUGUUUGUUCAUAUUUUGAUAUUCUUUAACUUCUAUUUUAUUCAGACCUGAAAUCCAUACAUAUUCUUUGUGUAAAGCAUUAUAAUUUAGGGAGAUAACUCAUGAAUAUAUUGUUUAUUGUUUUGUUACAGAGUAGCUUCCCUUUGAUAAUAGAUCUGAAAUUAUUAGUAUAUAUUUUACAGAAAUUUAAGUUUAAAUUAUUUGUGUUGUGAGAAAAUGUGAUCUCUUUGUUUUGUUAUAAAUUGUUAUAAUUUAUUUACAUUUUUCUUUAUUUUACAUCAAUAUGACUGUAUUUUUUUCACAUUCCAAAAGUCAACAUUUCUUCUGACAUUAUCUCAUAUGUCUAACACUUCUCUCUGAGAAUUACCAAAGCUUAAUUAAAGUUGAAGAUCAUGUUGUAAGAUUAAAUGAAAAACAUAUUAACUAAAUUUAUUAAAUUGUAGUCACUUGAAACAAUUAAUGAGUGACUCACCGAAGAAGAGUGUUGUUAAUUUUAAGUUCAAUAAGUACAGAACUUCUUACAGUCCAGAAAAAAACAAUAACUUGUUCUUUAAUGUUCAAGGACCAAGCACUAUUAUAAAAGGAUCUGGUUUUAAUGUCUUAUUCCAAAAGAAAUAUUUACUACUGUAGCUAGAAAAGUGGUUGAUUGAACUUGUGACCCCUGGAUCUAUAGUAAGACAGUGUUACCACUGGACUCCUGUACCUUUCAUAUGAACACCAAGUGUGGUGAAAGUUAAAAUAAUAUAUAUUUUUUUUUGUUUGUUCAUUAUUCAAUUUAAUAUUAUUUUUUUGUAAUGAGUGACAUAAUUUGUAGUGCAAUAGAAAAAACAAUAUUGUUGUUGAUUUACUUGUUUUUAGUUUAUUCAAUAUGAAUAACAAAAGUUUAUAUAUUGAGAAUCAUUUUUAAUGCUGUUUACAUGGUUAUGAAAUAACAAUAUUUAGAUAUUCCAUAAAGUAUCUUAGUUUUCUUUCACAUUAUUAUUUUAUUUCCAUGUCCUGAAAAUCAUGUGUCUAUUUAUGAUAUAAUUUUUGCUCUAAUACUGUCUGUUUACUUUAUCCCUCUGUCUCAUCAAUCUUGUCUAUUAAUGAUUGGUAGUAGUUUUGUCUUUGAUAGUAAAUUGGCUUGACGUUUAUGUUAUAUGAACUAUCAUACUACAUUUCUAUCUGAAACAUAUCUAUAUAUAUAAAAUCAGUACGGGGGAGAGUAACGAAAAACAAAAGUGAAAUGGUAAAAAUAACAAAUUUGAUUUUAGUCUAUUCAUGAGAUAUAAUGAAAGGUGCAACAUUUCCGGGACCCCCUAGCACCAGCAUCUGUACCCACUAUUACCAACUUGAACAACAAUCAAUAUUUAGCAUUUUAAAGGAACUCCACUGAGGUUAAAAGCCUAAAAACAUUCAAUUUUAUUUUUUCACAUCGAUAAACAUGAGCAUUUAAA